CGGUCUUUUGGCACGAAGUUUCACGAGAUUUAGCCCCAGCCCUAUUUAAGAUUAUGACGUGGCACUGGGUCCGUCUGGCCUUGACCCGAGACACAAACGUACGCACUUGCGAGAAUGCUGUCCUCAUCAACGGCAUGGCGGCGUCAACAACCGAUGGAAGCUGCAGCCUCUCACUCAGCACCAUCAUCUGUCAGCACCAUCAUCUGCCCCAAGGACAGACAACAGCAACAACUGUUGCCACCUGCAAGACGAAUACUACAGUACCACCUCUGGCUUGUUAGUGCAAUUCCUAACGAUGGCUCGACUUUCGUUCCUCUUGACCCUCAUGGUAGCCUCCAUGGCUGCCAUGUUAACCACAGCAUUUGCUCCAGCACAAACAUAUGGAGUCCGACCAUCUACCACAGCCCUCCCUGUGAAGAUCAAGGUCGAUGUUGGUGAUGGCGAACCAAUUGAGAGUGCCCUCCGUCGCUUCAAGCGUGAGGUCAACAAGUCGGGACACUUGAUGGAACUCCGUCAUAAGCGUUAUUUCGAAAACCCUCAAGAAAAGAAGAAGCGCAAGGUCAAGGAGGCUCGUAUGCGCAAAAAGUUUGAGCGAAUGAAUAGACGCCGUAUUGCCCAGCGAACUUAGGAAAAUGGAAGCAAGGAAAAGAAAAAUGUAGUCAAUUGGUUACGGCGGUAGCCGAUGGAAAGGAUUGCCUGGUGUAGUUUUGUUGGUAUUAGCAUGGGCAUCAAGAAAUGUUCUUUACUAAACAAUCAACAAUUGUCUUUCUAUCUACGUUGUGGUGGUUAUUGGGCUGAUGCAAUGAUCGAGAACUUCUCAAUCCUGAAAUCAAUUUGUAGCUUGUUUUCUGGGUUGAAUACAUGUAGAUUAGCUGGAAGCCUGUUAGUAGCAUUCUAGUUCUAGAUUUCAAUCAUUGGAGGUACCAUUUUCACCAAAGUAGCUUGUUGACUCCCGUUCACGUGUCUUCACUUUUCACUUCAGUUCAGGUAGACACAAGACAACCUCUUAUCGUUGAGCCCCCGCGGUCAAGGGAAAUAGCCCUCUCUCUGUACAUGUACUUUGCCCAGAAUGGAAUGCGCACGUCGACAACUUCCUACGCAGAGUUGUGCAUCAACCUUGAUCUCGUGCACUCAGGAUAGAUCUGUCUUGGCUACUACAGAACCACCAUUGUCUCAUCAUCGUGGCCAUUAUGGAUUCACUCGACAAGCAAAAGAUUGCAAGCAUUGUCUACCGCUGCCCAACUGUGGGAUCUGCUGCGGGCUACGAUUGUACAACCAAUCAUCCGACCUAUGAUCUGUGCUGGGCUCCUCAUGACGGCUUGCUGCACUUACUUUGUUUUGAGAUUCAGUCCAAUGUAUCUUGGCCCCAACUAUUCCGGAUGAAGUGAGCUUCUUUAGAGAUUCUAAAAGGGCCUUUUUGGCUCCUUCCAGUUCAAAAUCUAAGGGAUGCACGCUUCCCUCCACCCUGGAUAUCUGCCUAGGUCAAUGAUUGCUCCAGCUUAACCCUUCCAGGUUCCAGGAGCAGGAGAGAGGGGACCCCAUGACACUAAAGCUUUCAUACUCAAGAUCAAGGACCCAUCCUGUCUCUCAUCAUGCUCCUGUCCCCGUCGAAUUGAGAACGAAAUACUAGGUAUGAGUGUUU